UUCGGCAGCCUUUGCCCUGAUCUGUGCUGGUCGGCAGAAGAUCCAUGGGCAUUCUCCUCCAGCCGGCCGGGAUAGUGAUGAAUGCAUUAUUUGCAUGUGCCAGGCCCCUUCGUACCUUAACCCAACCCACACAACUGCUCGUUAAGGAUUAUACAGCAGCGCAUAUACGACGCAUACCAUCGAAUGGUCUUCUUCAAGGCUGCCUCGGCGCGACUGUUCGAAACAUCCACCCUGACCCCGUUUCUCUAUCCGUGCUUCAACACGCCCUGCGCCGCCACCGCUGCCAUCACGAACCGAUCCAAAGCACGCGUGCGGCGUCCGACAUGUACUAGGAGCAUCAGGCGCGCACAGAGUACUGCUUCUGCUGCUGCCCAUGCACCCACAACCGACCCCGACGCUGUAGACGUGCACAAGUACGACCAUCUCGACCCCUCACCGGCCGACUAUUCAUCCACACCCUUCACAGAUGCAUGUGCAUUGAGGGUGACUGCGGGUGCUGGUGGCCACGGCUGCAUCUCCUUCUUGCGCGAGAAGUACAUUGCCAACGGCCCACCGAAUGGUGGCGAUGGCGGUACGGGCGGCAGCGUGUACAUACAGGCUGUUCAAGGAGAGACAAGCCUGCACAAGCUCGCGCGGAGAAGUCAUUUGAAGGCGGGAAGGGGCAAGAAUGGCCAGGGCAGUCUGAAGGGAGGUGCGAGGGGCGAAGAUCUUCUAAUCACAGUUCCUGUAGGGACUGUCGUCCGAGAAGUAAGACGUCAUGAUCCGCUCGAUGAGGAAGAGAGGGCGUACGGGCUGCACAGAAGAUUUGCUGAAGGAGCAGAGGAUGGAGAACACACACCUGAACAGGGACUAUGGCAGCUUGAUAAGUGGCUGCUGUAUCCCGGUGUGAUGCCAAAGCACUUCACUUCAGCAGAUCUUCCUCGUCUGCCAAGACCGAGACGAAGCAAUCUGGUGUCAAUGCAGCCACCAGCCCCUCUGCGGCUGGAUCUAGACAAGGCAAUGGACACGCCCAUGCUUCUAGCAGCAGGGGCGAUGGGUGGUCUCGGCAAUCCUCAUUUCGUGAGCAAGUCAGUCCUGAAACCCAAGUAUGCCACCAAAGGUCAUGAUGGCGUGCGCAUUGAUGUCCAGCUAGAAUUGAAGCUGCUUGCAGAUGUGGGCCUUGUAGGACUCCCAAAUGCUGGUAAGUCAACUCUUCUGCGGGCUCUGACCAGAUCGAGGACAAGAGUGGGCAAUUGGGCAUUUACGACCUUGAGCCCAAACAUCGGCACUCUGGUGCUGGACGAUUACACUGGGCGACCAAGACUGGACACGAGAGGACGGCGGAAAGAGCCGAGGACGAAUAUCACAAUCGCAGACAUUCCCGGUCUGAUCGAAGGCGCACACCUCGAUCGUGGGCUAGGACUAGGAUUUCUUCGCCACAUUGAGCGCGCCGCUGUGCUUGCCUUCGUCCUCGAUCUCAGCGCACGAGAUGCAGUCGAGGCUCUCAAAGGUCUCUGGAAUGAAGUCGGCGAAUACGAAAAUCUGCGCGAGAAACAGCUGAAUGCAGACACUGAGCGCACACAACCACAAGAGGCAGGUCUGGAGACAACGGAGGCAUACAAGCCAUUCGAAAGUUCUAUAUCUCCCGGACUUGAUCCCGAGUCAGAUCUUGAGGAAGGGAGCACGAUUGUCCUCGAUCCCGCAGUAGGUCGCGCGCUACCACCGCUACUUUUGCCACCCAUUAGUAGCAAGCCUUGGUUCGUGAUUGCAACCAAAGCCGAUCUGCCAGAAACACAAGAGAAUUUUGGGCGGCUGCAGGCAUAUUUGAAGCGCGUACAAGCUGGGGAAGAGGAGCAUCCCAGCGGGAAGGAGAAUGCUUGGCGUAGAGCUGUACACUCUGUGCCCGUUUCUGCGAUCAAUAAGCAGGGUGUCGCACCUAUUCCAGAGAUCAUUAUCGGUCUUCUGGAUGACUAGGAUGACGUGAAACGGGACGACGUGGAAAGACGCACGUGAGAUCUGACUAUGGACGCAAAGUCCUGCGCGCAACAGAGGAAUCUCAAUCUGUAGAUGGGCCAAGCGAAACCGUCAAGGCCGGUCCAUAAUUUCCUGCAGAUACACAACUUUGUUCUGUAGCCGGCCAAGCUCAGAAUAGUGGAUCUCUUC